CGUUCAAUGAUAAUCUGUAAAUAGAAGACGGCUUUAACCCUAACCCUAACAUCAUUAAAGCAAGGAUCCGUGAACAAAAACCAACUGGUGCAUCCGAGAGCUAACCGAACCCCUUCAUUGCUGUGUACCUAAAACUUGCCGUUCAGAUAUGUCUGGCACAAACGAUAUGUCUGGGACAAACGAUUCUUCUGUGGACUGCGAAAACCAAUACCAAGAGCAGCUAACCCUGGAGAUGUCAUAUCUAGGCUUCAACAACUAUGUGGCAAACAAUAUUGCAGCUAUGGCAAUGCAUAUCCUCCUCUUCGCCCUAUUAUCGGAGGGAAUCUUGAAGAUAAGACAUAGAGCAACCAUCAACUGUUUCUGGACUGCUGUAGCGUUUAAUCUCCUUUAUUGUUUGUGGAAUGUUAUCGGAAACACCUUUCCAUGGAUGUUCACAUACGCAGGUACCAACUUUUAUUACUAUCCACGGGGCUUGUACAGUGCCGUACAAGCGCAAAGUCUAGUGCUGCUCAACUAUUAUCGAGUCGCGCCUAGCUUCGACACGGUUAUGGGCCGUCAGCUCAGAAUCGCAAUUUUUUGUGCUGUCCUCUUGGUCUUCCCUUUGGAACUCGCAAGUCAAUAUUACAUCGCCAUCAGAUACACCAUGACAGCAGAUUGGGUUAAUACAGAGUAUUUGGCGCCUCUCGUGCACUCAAAUUGGGUGUAUCAAGUAUUUCUUGACAGCUGUUUCUGCGGGUAUAGCAUUUGGAUUAUCCGAGGGUCGAAAUCCCUCUCCCUACCGGCAGGAGCUUUUCGAUCGCAUGAGAGCAAACAGCACAAAGCAUUCGCCAUAGCCCAUAUCAUGAGGAUCACCAUUUUUCUCGGAAUUGAAGUCCUUCGCGCAGUCUCGUAUACAGUGACUCCGGACGAUUCUGAUGUUUCACUGGAGGCGUUAACCUUCUGGGCAAUGCAUAUCAUGAUGCCACCAUUUAAGCCAUAUCUCAUUGUGACGGAUAUGACACGGGUUCGCGCCAUUACAGACCGUUGGGGGAGGGACGGCGAGUCCCCUAAUCUAGACGUCAGCAGGCUGGCAUCAUCAACUAAGGAUAGCUCUCGCGCACCACAUGAUGGGGACUCUUCUAUAUAGGUGAUAGAGUUGGAGAUAGGUAGUCAAUAAUAUAUCGGCUGCAUACCUAAUGUACUUCAAAUUAAAUAAAGGUGACACUAGUGGGUUUAGAA